AAGCACACCACCAUCCCGCUCCUCUUCCCCACAGCACGAUGGCGAAAGGCUCGCAGCUCUCGCAGCUCAAAGCGCAGGUCGCCUCCUCCGGCAUCACAGACCGCCGGCAGGCCUCGGCGUCGUCCAAGAAGCGCAAGGCGCCGUCUUCCGCCGCCGGCGCCGCGCAGCUCGCCGAGGCCGAGAAGCGCCGCGCCGCUCUCGCCCGCCUGGGCGGUCCGAACCCCUUCGAGGAGAAGGUCGUCAAGCCGAAGCAUGAUGUGCUUGGACGCGUCGUCAAGGGCAAGACGUCGAGGCCCGGCGCUGCCAAGGCUGGUGGCCUGGCGCAGCGGAGAGAGACGCUGUUGCCCGAGCUGCAGGGCCGACAUCGCAGCGGCGCCUUCCACGACCGCCGCUUCGGCGAGGGAGAUGCCAGCAUGACGCCGGAGGAGCGCAUGCUGGAGCGCUUCACUCGCGAGCGGCAAACGGGCCGCGCUGGCGCCACGAGCAUGUUCAACCUGGAUGACGGCGAGGAGGAGGGCUUGACGCACUAUGGCAAGAGCCUGAAUCACCUCGACGAGAUGGAUGAUGUGGCGCUCGGUGACGACGAUGGCGACAUCGACGGCCUCGCCACGCAGGCGCACUUUGGCGGCUUUGGCGAAGGGGCAAAUGAGGAAGACGAAGGCCCCGAGCGCAAGAAGAGCAAGUUUGAAGUGAUGCAAGAGGUCAUGGCCAAGUCCAAGCUUGCCAAGCUCGAGCGACAGCAGAUGCGCGAGAAGGACGACGACAUUCGCAUGGAGCUCGACGAGGGCCUCGAUGACAUUCGCGCACUGCUUCUCGGCGUUCCUUCCACCUCCUCUUCCGAGCCGAAGCCUCGCUCCGUGCCUGAGCGCGCGCCGAUCCCGGGUCAAGCACCCGCAGAGCGGGAGCUAACCAAGGAGGAGCGAGAGAAGAAGGAGAGCGAUCAGUAUGAUGCCUACGUGCGCGAGAUGGCGUUUGAGAGGAGAGCGAAGCCGCAAGACCGACUCAAGACGGAGGAGGAGCUGGCGCUGGAAGAGGCGGAGAGCUUGCGCAAGGCGGAAGAGGCGAGACUGCGACGCAUGCGGGGAGAGGAGGAGCCGAAGGAAAAGGAGAAGGGCAAGAAGGCACGGAGAGCGCCCGGCGGUGAUGACCUGGACGACGACCUGGAUCUCGACGAGGACGCGGACGCGUACGGCCUCGGACAGGGCCUUGGCGACCGCGAGGAGGACGAGGAGGGGUCAGAGUCGGAGGAGGAAGAGGAGAGCGGCAGCGAGGAAGAGGGCUCUGACGCCGGCAGCGACGAGGAAGGCAGCAACGCCACAAGCGAGGAUGCCUUCGAGGACGUUGCCGACCUGGCCGAACUCUCCAAGGCCGGCGACGACGCAGAUGACGUCUCUGACGACGAAGCUUCCGCUGCGCUGAGCGGCAGCCAGCGCGCGACGACGAGCAGCAAGGGCAAGAGCAAGUCCACGAGCUCGGCUGCUUCGCUGCCUUUCACCUUCUCUUGUCCCGCGACGCACGACGAGUUCCUCUCUCUCCUCGAGGAGCACUCUGUCGCGCCGACCGAUGUGCCGCUCGUCAUCUCCCGCAUCCGUGCCCUGCACCAUGCCUCUCUCGGCGAGGACAACAAGCACAAGCUGGCCGCGCUCAUCGGCGUGCUGCUCGACCACUGUCUCUUCGUCGCUCCCGACGCCAGCGCAGGCGGAUUCCGACUCGUCGGCAAGAUCACGCCGCACCUCUUCGCGCUCUCUUCUGCCUAUCCUCGGGCAGCCGCGCAGCACUUCGUCGGCAAGCUUGCCUUGAUGCAGCGCAACCUCUCUCGCGGUCUCGCACGCGGCGCACUGCUGCCUCAGGCUCGCACGUGGCCCGGCGUGGCGGAGCUGACGCUCCUGCGGCUCGCGGGCAUCAUCUUCCCGACGUCGGACAAGACGCAUCCAGUCGCCACUCCACUCUCGCUCCUCAUCGCUCAAUACCUCGCGCACGCUCGUCUGCGCUCACUGCGCGAUCUCGCAAGUGCGACAUACCUCGUCUCGCUCGUGGCAGCACACGAGCGCGAGGCCAGACGACUGGUGCCAGAGGCACUGAAUGCGCUGCAUUCGGCAGUGCUCAUUCUGGCGCCUCUGCAUCCAGAGGGCAAGAAGGACGCAGCGACCAUCGCAAGCGCAUUUGCCAUCCCGACGCCAGACUUUGGUGCUCCGCACACGCAGCAUCUGCGCCUGAGCGGGCGCGGAGCUGGCAAGGAAGACGAGACACUGCCGAGCCUGACAGCCCUGCUCGAGGUGGCGGAUGACGAUGCGGAUGCAGAGCAGGCGAAGCGGCAACUGCUCGGCCUCUCCCUCUCGCUCAUCGCCGAGUUCGCCACGCUCUACGCGGGCAGCACUGCCUUCUGCGAGCUCUUUACGCCUUUCAACGCACUCCUUGCGCUGAUCGACCACGCUUCGCUCCCCGCCUCUCUUUCCGCACAAGUCACUCAGCUCACUAGCACGCUUACUCGUGCCCUCUCUCUCGCCGCUUCCCAACGGCGAGCCCUGCGUCUGCAAGCCCACCGUGCCAUUCCCAUUGCGUCGCACAUCCCCAAGUUCGAGCAGCGCGGCUACGACCCCUCCCGCAAGGGCCAGCACGACCCGGACACGGAGCGUGCGGCGCAGGCCAAGACUAAGGCGCUCAUCAAGAAGGAGCGCAAGGGCGCCGUCAAGGAGCUGCGCCGCGAUGCGCAGUUCGUGGCCGAGGAGAGGCGGAAGGCAAAGGAGCAGGAGGACACGAGCUAUGCCAAGAAGAUCGCCCGCGUCAUGGGCAGCCUCGGAGAGGAGCAGAGAGAAGAGAAGGUGUGGAAGCGCGAGAAGGAGAAGAUGAAGAAGGAGCGCGCCAAGCAGAAGGGCGGCAAGUGAGGCGGACACGGCGACGACGAGGGGGCUGCACCUGGCAGCGCUGUAAUAUCAGAGCACUUUGUACUACAU